CUUGUACUUUGACAACAGUGGCUUACACAAAUCAUCGUCGCGAGUAGUGUGACAGUUCUCGGCGACUUGUGGGUGGCGUGAUGUGGUAACGCUGUCAGACGCGCGUCCUUCCUCGUUGUGGUUAUGUGCAACAGACGCCCCUUCGGUCAUCUGUUUGGUUGUAAACAAAUACAAAUUGUGGUUAACCGCGCUUUCGGUUGUGAUAAAAUCCAGUGAAACUCAAGUGCUUUGACUGAAUUAAUUUGAAGUGAAGUGAAAAAAAUAUGAAAUCGUUGGUGGAAUAUAGCUCAUCGUCGGAUUCAGAGGACGCCGCUGAAGCCGGCAGCCCUCCAGCGCCGAGUGCAAAAAAGAUGAGGCUCCCUCUCCCCAGUCAAAUUAAAACUAUGAAAUUGAAUUCGAUCCAUGAAGUGCCUGUAGAUGACCCCAGCAAACAUGAUGGUCGCGUUAGAUCGUUUCAACAUGAACGUGGCAAUUGGGCUACUUUCGUAUACGUUCCAGUUGAUGUUCCGAUCCUAGACGAUCUACAGAACAGCCUGAUUAAAUCCCCGUUGAUUGAUGUUGAGUUAAAACCUUCCUCCGGUAUUCACAUAAGCUUGACAAAAACGGUGGUCUUGCAGCAUCACUGGAUUGAUUCCUUCGUAUCGUCUGUUCGAAAUGAGUUAGUUCUUACAAAAAAAUUUAGGAUUCAAUUUCAACAUUUAAAAGUGUACUGUAAUGAGGACCGCACGCGGACUUUCAUCGGUUUGAAAGUGAAUAGUGGCAUGACCCAACAACUGGACGCGAUUUCAAAGCGUUUGGAUACAGUUUUAAAAGAAUAUCGUCUCCCCGAGUUCUAUAAGGAUCCGUCAUUUCAUUGUAGCAUUCUAUGGUGUGCAGGCGAUCACGAAACCAAAUUCAAUGCAAUUUUAAAAGACUUGGAAACAAUUUUUCAGUCAUAUUUUAUUAAAUCUAGUGAAGAGUUUCAAAUGGCUGUUAACACAAUACUUUGUAAGACUGGGAACAAAUUGUUUCGAUUUGAGUUAUCAUAGCAAAUGAUAUGUUCUUAUGCUUUGGCUUUUUUUUCCUUUUCCUUUUCCAUUGGCUGC